CUUGCAAUAAAUUAUGGUACUAAAAGAAAACCCACAAAAGAGAAAAAAGCAAUAUAGUGCACGGAUUACAGAUCAUCAGACCAGACAAGACACGAAGGUUCACAACUGGGUUUUAGACAAAAGAAAUUUAUAUUCAAAUAUAUCCUCAUUUGGCUGUAAUUAGUUGUCACUAACUGCUUGUUAAUUGACACCGACACUGUUUUUUUUUUUCUUCCGAGUGGUGAAUGUUGUGAACUUUCCUCUCCCAGCAAGCACCCAUAUGAAUAUAAUUGAGGUUUGAUGGAUUUUCAAAACCAAACCAACAAAACAAGAAAGUAAGAAACACACACACACGCACCACACUCUUUCCAAUUUGAAUCAGGCCAGAAAAUUUCAAAAUUUGCUGCAAUUUUUAAUCCUUUUUUUUUUUCAUCUUAAAUUAUUCACCUGAACCUUCAUCUCUCUGCCUCACCACUGACAAUGGAGCCUGUAAUCAACAUUUCCCAGCUUCUUUAUUAGCUCCCACAAGCACGUUGCCUCUCUCUCUCUCUCUGCAAGGAACUGAAUUUCUGCAGCUCUGUGCCUGAACCCAUCUUCUUAUUUUCUUGUUUGAGAUCCAGAUUUUAGUAGUGUAACUGUCACUUUCUGUUCUCCGCCAUUGUUAACCAUGGCCUGACCUCACCAAAAACUCCAAAAUUUUCCCCCCUUUUCCCCAAAUCCCGUAAAUUUUCCACCCAAUCGAACCCAUCUCCCAAAAAAUCAUGGCCCCAAACACGGUAGUAAUCACGCUCGAGAAGCCCGAAAACAUCUCGCUGAUCGAAGCACCCGGCCCGCAAGGACCCGAUCCGGUUUUCCACGAGAACCAGAAGAAGAAGAAGGCCGCGAGCCCUAAAUGGUUCGCCCGUGUCCUCCUCCUGAAAGCCCACCGGGUCGUAUCGGGCCUUUUCGGGGUACUCGGGUCGGUUCGAAAGCGCAUUGCCACGUCCGAUCCGAGCGAGGAGGACCCGAGGUACAGAGGGCGGCUGUACGCCUUCAUAAAGGCGUUCCUCGCCGUGUCGGUGAUUGGGCUGGCAUUCGAGACCUUCGCCUAUUUCAGCGAUUGGGAUUUAGGGUUCGCGAGCCGCCCGUGGGAGGUGAGCGAUAAUCUGGUGCGGUGGGCGUACGUGGGCUGGCUGGGGUUCAGGGCCGAUUACGUGGCGCCGUGUAUCGUGGCUCUCUCGAGAUUCUGUGUCGUCUUGUUCAUGAUCCAGUCGCUGGAUAGGUUUUUGCAGUGUUUUGGGUGUUUUUGGAUCAAGUUCAAGGGACUGAGACCCAUUGCCGAUGAGUUCGGGUCGGGAGAUUUGGAGAACGAGUCGGGUUUUCCGAUGGUUCUUGUUCAGAUCCCUAUGUGCAAUGAGAAGGAGGUUUACGAGCAAUCGAUAGCGGCUGCUUGCCAGCUGGAUUGGCCCAAAGAUAGAUUUCUAGUGCAAGUUUUGGAUGAUUCAGAUGAUGAACUUUUACAGCACUUGAUAAGAGAUGAGGUCAUGUCCUGGAAAGAAAAAGGGGUCAACAUAGUGUACAGGCACAGGUUUAUCCGAACAGGUUACAAAGCUGGCAACCUCAAAUCGGCCAUGGCCUGUGACUAUGUAAAAGACUACGAAUUUGUCGCAAUAUUAGAUGCCGAUUUCCAGCCCAACCCCGAUUUCCUCAAACUCACCGUGCCUCAUUUUAAGGGAAAACCAGAUGUAGCACUCGUUCAGGCUCGCUGGUCGUUUGUCAACAAGGAUGAGAAUUUGCUGACGAGGCUACAGAACAUCAAUCUUUGCUUCCAUUUUGAGGUGGAGCAGCAAGUGAACGGGCAUUUCUUAAAUUUCUUCGGGUUCAAUGGGACAGCUGGCGUGUGGCGAAUCGAGGCCUUGGAAGAGUCUGGUGGCUGGCUAGAAAGGACAACUGUCGAGGACAUGGAUAUAGCUGUCCGGGCCCACUUGCACGGGUGGAAAUUCAUUUUCCUUAAUGAUGUUGAGGUUCUUUGUGAGCUGCCUGAAUCUUAUGAGGCGUACAAGAAACAGCAGCAUCGUUGGCAUUCGGGACCUAUGCAACUAUUCAGAUUGUGCUUACCGGCAAUUUUAACCUCUAAGAUCUCGGCAUGGAAAAAAGCAAAUUUGAUAUUCCUAUUCUUUCUCCUCAGAAAACUCAUACUUCCUUUCUACUCAUUCACACUCUUCUGCAUAAUCCUCCCACUCACCAUGUUCAUACCCGAAGCCGAGCUCCCUUCAUGGGUCAUUUGUUACGUGCCAAUUACCAUGUCAAUCCUCAAUAUACUUCCCUCACCAAAAUCUUUCCCUUUCUUAAUGCCAUACUUACUAUUCGAAAACACAAUGUCUGUCACGAAAUUCAAUGCAAUGGUCUCGGGCCUUUUCCAGCUCGGAAGUGCUUAUGAAUGGGUUGUGACCAAGAAAACGGGCCGGGCUUCUGAGUCCGAUUUGCUGAGUCUUGCAGAAAGAGAGUCGAAAAAUUUGAAUGAGGAGAAAAUUCAGAGAAGGCCUUCGGAAUCUGGAUUGGAAAUGCUUGGGAAGUUAACCGAGCAGAAGGAGCAAAAGGGCUCGGUUUCAAAGAAGAAGAAGACAAAUAGGAUUUACAGAAAAGAGCUAGCGCUUGCAUUCCUCUUGCUAACGGCUGCCGCCAGGAGUUUACUGUCGGCUCAGGGGAUUCAUUUUUACUAUUUACUGUUUCAAGGGCUGUCAUUUUUGGUGAUGGGAUUGGAUUUGAUUGGGGAGCAGGUGAGUUAAUAGAGAACAGUUUGAUUAAUCAUUGGGUGGGUGAUAUUUAUUUUUUAUUUUUUUGGGGGUCAUUGAACUCUUGUGUGUUUGUGAAAUGUAUUGUGUUACACAGUGAUAAAGAACAUAUGUGUCCAGUUUUAUAUAGCUUUUUACAAUAUUUUUCAGCUAUGGACAGGAAUUUGCCAUAGAAGAUGAGAGGGGGUUAGUGAGGGAAAUAGGUUUUGAUUCUUUUGAUUGUAUAAAUUUACUUGGAGCAUUAAUGUUUUGAAUAAGGUAUAUGCUGUUGGAAUACUAUUUGGAUAUAUAUGUGACAUUUUCUGAA